AUGUCAAACCCCACUGAGAGCUCUACUGCAGCCGUACGAGGAUUCGUGGCAUCCGAUCUCAACGUCACAUCCAACACUACCUGUUUCGAAGCCACUUGCCUCUCCGCAAACCGCAUCAAUUACUACCUCACAGACUCCGACUUGCCUGUACCUCAUGCAUCAAUCAAUCAACAACAUGUUACUGGAGGAAAAACCGUUGCCGUUGCUGUGUUCAAGAUGAAGAACAAGUUGCAAGACUUCGAUGCAGCCUUUUACCACAACUAUCAUAAUGAAGAUAGUGAAUAG